UAUCGUAACGUUAUUAGUUAGUUUACGAAUAUAAUUUUAAUUACGUAAAUAUUCGGAUCCGUCUUAAACGGUGAGCAGUGCGUAAAAAUUCGUGGGGGUGACAUGUUGCGGUGUCGUUGAAUCCAAUGAAUUAUUUCGCACGUUGAACCUAUGGGAGCCCGCAGCACCAGGAUGAGCGACGAUAUGUCUUCUUCAGUGUCGGGUGCAUCUUCGGAAAACGAGUCUGAAGAGGAGAACGAUCUUCUGCAACGGUAUGCCGAUAUCAUCGAGAGCGCAUUCGACAGCGCCCACUCGUACAUUAUGGGUUUCGAUUUUCACGAUCUCAAUAAUCCCAUAAAGAAAGUUAAACAGCCUAAGCCCAACACCAGGGAGUUGGAUCAAAGUUCAUAUUCAGCAAUGACAAAAUUGGCUUCUGGUUUGGGGGAACCUAAAAGAAAAGUGCCAAAAACUUCCAAACAUGUCGUCAACAUGUUGUCUCAAAGAGAGAAUGGAACUUGUGCAACCAAUAAUUUUUCAUAUGGUAAUAGGUGCAGUAUAACUAAUAAAUAUUUACCAAACGAGAUGCAACAAAUAGAUACAUCUAUCGGGAAAUUAUUUUGUGGUGUAUUCUCGAAGGACGGUAACAGAUUCAUCACAGCGUCGCAAGACAGACACUUGCGAAUCUAUAACUCGGAAGUGCCCUCCUAUAAAUUAAUGAAGGCUUUCAGAGCGAGAGACGUUGGAUGGAGUAUCAUUGACGUGGCUUUCAGUCCCGAUCGUCAGCACUUCGUUUACUCCACUUGGUCUUCUGCCUUGCACUUGUGUUCGGUGAACGACAGUUCUGAGCAAGAACCCCUGUGUCUCAUGGACUCGGGCAGGAGAUUUUGUAUAUUUUCCGUGGUUUUCUCGGCGGAUGGUCGUGAGUUACUGGGGGGUGCCAACGAUGCUUGUAUCUACAUUUACGACAGGCAAAGACACUCGCAAACGUUAAAGAUUCCCGCACACGAAUACGACGUGAACAGCGUGGUGUUCGCAGAUGAAAGCUGCCAGAUCAUUUACAGUGGCGGCGACGACGGCAUGGUCCGCGUUUGGGAUCGCCGUGCUCUGGACGAGUCCCGGCCCAAGCACGUCGGCUGCCUCGCCGGCCACGUGGACGGGGUGACCCACGUGGACUCGCGUGGAGACGGCCGCCACCUGAUCUCGAACAGCAAGGACCAGAGCAUCAAGCUGUGGGACAUACGGCGGUUCUCCAGCGAGAGCGCCGCCAGCGCCGCCCUAAAGGUGGUGCAGGAUCAAACAUGGGACUACAGAUGGCAGGAGGUGCCAAAAAAACUGUUUGGAUAUAGGAAUAAGCUUGAUGGCGAUACGUCGGUUAUGACGUACAGAGGACAUGUUGUGAUUAAGACGCUAGUGAGAUGUAGAUUUUCUCCAGUAGAAACGACGGGGCAGCGGUACAUCUAUACGGGUUGUGGGAUGGGCCGUGUAGUCAUAUACGACUCCCUGACUGGCAAGAUGGUCCAGAAUAACAACAACAGGCACGCAUCCUGCGUGCGGGACGUUUCGUGGCAUCCCACUCGAAACGAAAUUUUAAGUUGUGGGUGGGAUGGCUUGGUUGGAAAAUGGAUAUACGUGGACCAAGACAUUGCGGAAGAGAGGAAAAAGGAAAUAAACUUGAUGGACGACUAUCUGAGUUCCUGUAAACAGUUUGUGCCUCUUCGCAGAAGCGUCCGUUUAGCCAACAGGAAGAGGAGAGAAAGUCGCAAUCACAAUUGUUAACUAAUUUAAUAGUUAUGUGCAGCUACGCUCAUUAAGCUAAUACACCUUUUAUAUUAAAAACUAUUUAUAUUGUUCAAAA